AUGGCCACGGCGUGGCUGGUGGCCACCGUGCUCCUGGGCGCCGUGGCCUUGCUGUGGCGCGUGGUGGCCGCCGGGCGCCGGGUCCACCGCGCGUGGGGCCUCCUGCGCCGCUUCCCCCGGCCGCCCUGGCGCAACUGGCUGCUGGGCCACAUGGGCAUGGCCCAGAGCACGGAGGAAGGUCUGCAGAAGGUGGACGAGCUGGUGGGGCACUACAGCCACUGCUGCGUCUGGUGGGUGGCCCCGUGGAGGCCCAUCCUCCGCCUCUUCCACCCCGACACCCUCCGGCCGGUGCUCCUGGCCCCAGCCCUGGUGGCCCCCAAGGACAAGUUCUUCUACGGCUUCCUCAAGCCCUGGCUGGGGGAUGGGCUGCUGCUGAGCCACGGGCGCAAGUGGAGCCGGCACCGGCGCCUGCUGACCCCGGCUUUCCACCCCAACGUCCUCAAGUCCUACAUGGGCAUCUUCAACCAGAGCACCCAGAUCAUGCACGACAAGUGGCGGCGGGCGGCGGCGGAGGGACCCGUGGUGCUGGACAUCUUCGAGCCCUUGGCCCUGCUCACCCUCGAUAGCCUCCAGAAAUGCAUCUUCAGCCACGACAGCCACUGCCAGGAGCAGCCCAGCGAGUACAUUGCGGCCAUCCUGGAGCUCAGCAAGCUGGUGGUGCGGCGCCAGCACCGGCUCCUCCACCACCUCGAGUGGCUCUACYGCCGCUCGGCCGACGGGCGCCGCUUCGCCCGGGCCUGCGCCGCCGUGCACGGUUUCACCGCGGCCGUGGUGCAGCGGCGGCGCCAGGAGCUCCAGCGCCUGGGCCACCAAGCCUGGCUGCAGGACCACCAGGGCGGGAGAAUGGACUUCAUUGACCUCCUCCUGCUCGCUAAGGACGAGGACGGCAGUGCCCUGUCGGACGAGGACAUCUCAGCYGAGGCCGACACGUUCAUGUUCGAGGGCCACGACACCACGGCCAGCGGCUUGUCCUGGCUGCUCUACAACCUGGCCUGUCACCCCAAGCACCAGGAGCGGUGCCGCCAAGAGGUCCUGGAGCUCCUCAAGGACCGAGAAGUGGAGGAGAUCGAGUGGGAGGACCUGUCCCACCUGCCCUUCACCACCAUGUGCAUCAAGGAGAGCCUGCGGCUGCACCCGCCCGUCACCGCCGUGUCGCGGCGCUGCACCAAGGACCUGGCGCUGCCCCACGGCCACGUGGUCCCCAGCGGCACCACCUGCUUGCUGAGCAUCUACGGGACCCACCACAACCCGGCCGUGUGGCCCGACCCCCAGAUCUUCGACCCGCUGCGCUUCAGCCCCAAGAACAUGCAGGAACAGUCUCCWUUGGCCUUUGUCCCCUUCUCCGCCGGCCCCAGGAACUGCAUCGGGCGCGGCUUCGCCAUGGCCGAGAUGAAGGUGGUGGCGGCGCUGACGCUGCGGCGCUUUGUCCUGCGGCCCGCCCAGGGCCACCACCCGGCGCGGCGCACGCCCGAGCUGGUCCUGCGGCCCGACGGGGGCCUCCGCUUGAGGCUGGAGCUGCUGGCCGAGGAGCCCCGGGACCGUGGUGGCCCCAGCACGACGGGGAGGGGACAAUAA